CACGACUUUCUAUGCCUCUCCCCGAUUCUCUCGUGUCACAUUGAUACGUACCGCGCGCUCAUGCUACUCGAACUGUGCAGCCUCGCGAGCCACCUGCUCCCAUCCCAGCGGCACUGAGCGCACUGCCCGUCGUUCAGCGCACCAGCGUCGCACUGUCGCACGCUCCUCGCCACCCUACCAGCUGUCGUCGUCGCCCAGCGUCGCACUCCCUCAUUCUCGCUGUCGCCGCCCCGCCGCGUUUCCGGCCGUAUUGCGGCGCGCCGUGCCGUGCCGUGGCAGGCGCGGCUGGCCAGGGACGCGCGACAAGGAAGGCGGAAGAGCGGGCCGCGCAGGCAGAGACAGCGUGUCACUCCGCGCGCCCGUCGCCGUGGUCCAAGCGGGGCGACGUGCACCUGCACCUCGCAGCGGCUGCCUCAGCCCUUCCUGCGAGUCCGCACGCUCGCAGGCCGCGCAGAGCGAGGGGCGCGCAGAGCGAGGGGCGCGCAGAGCGAGGGGCGCGCAGAGCGAGGGGCGCGCAGAGCGAGGGGCGCGCAGAGCGAAGGGCGCGCAGAGCGAAGGGCGCGCAGAGCGAGGGGCGCGCAGAGCGAAGGGCGCGCAGAUGGAGUCGGCGGUGUUGGUGUCGUCGCGGGCGAAGCUGAAGCCCGGCGCCAAGGGUCCAGCUGUAGAUGGGCUCUUUGCCAUGACUCCCACAUCCUUCUCGUGGGAGCCAACCAACCCGUCAGCAGCAGCACGACUCGAUGUGCCUCUUGCCACCAUCAAGUCGCACAGGUGGAGCAAGGAGACACCCACGGCCACCACAGCGCUGCUCAAGUUCAGCCCGCAUGCCGACCCCGCUGCGGAGGGCGGCUACAUGUUUGUCUUCUCCUCAUUCGCUGACCGCGACAAGGCCAGAGAUGUCUACAGCACCUAUCAGGCCAAGUACCAGAGCAGCGCCAAGCCCGCCACGUCAGCAUCCUCCCCCACCCCCUCCACUCCCCCCACCCCCCCCAUCGCCUCCUCGUCUUCCAACUCCGCCUCGCCCCUCCCCUUCCCUCCCGCUGCUACUUCUGCCACCACAGCUGCUGCCGCUGCCGCUGCUGCAUCUGCUGCGGCGGCUGCAGCAGCAGCUAGUGGCGUUGCCGGUGCUGGUGGUCUGGCGGCUCUGCCUCUGCCUGGCCUACCCCCCGGGCUGCCCGGCAUGCUCCCGGGAAUGCUCCCCGGCGAGCUGCUGGACCCCGAGGAGCUGCAGCGGCGGCAGAAGCUGCUGCAGGCCGACGCCAAGCUGCGGCGCCUGCACCAGGAUCUGGUGAUGACGGCCGCGCUCACAGAGACCGAGUUCUGGGCCGCCAGGAAGAGCGUGGAGGAGGAGCGGCGCAAGCGGAAGCAGCGUGUGGGCGUGGCGAGUGCCAUGCUGGCCGAUGUCAGAGGCGUCACUGAUGGCAGGAGCAACACCAUCACCUUCAACCUCACGCCGCAGAUCAUCCAACAGAUAUUCGCGGAGAAGCCAGCGGUGCACCGCGCUUUCAUGGAGCUCGUGCCAGCUAGGAUGCCGGAGAAGGACUUUUGGACCAAGUACUACCGCGCGGAGUUCCUCUUCCGCACCAAGAACGUGGCGGCGGCGGAGGCGGAGGCGGCGGAUGACGAGGAGCUCGCCCUGUUCGUGCGCGACGACGAGCAGCUCAGGGUGGACGCCAGGCGCAAGGUGCAGCGCGUGGACCCCACGCUCAACGUUCUGGCCACCGCAGGCGAUGACUACUCCAACCUGCAGGGCCAUGGCAUUCUGAGGGACGGGCGCAAGGAGGCAAGCGCAGUGGAAGGCGAGGGGGAGGGGGAGGGCGCAGCAGGGCAGGAGGGGGCAGGUGGAGGGGGGCGCAUGGCGAGCAGUGGCAGCAUUGGCAGCGAUGGGGGUGGGGGGGCGCGGCUGCGCAUGCAGCGCACGAUUUUCCGAGACAUCAACCAGCACGCCGCUGUGGUGCUGCAGGGCCGCAUUCUCGAUGAGGACGUGGCGGAUACGCGCGAGCUGGCCACAGCGGUGGCGGAGGCCAACGCGCAGCGGGCAGGCGUGCCGGCAGAGCAAGCCCCCGAGGAGGAGUGGCGGCGGGCGCGGGCGCGCAACAUGCCCGUCAUGGCGGACCUCCGAGGGGACGCACCGCCUGCUGUCAUCCCACUCAGCAUCCAGGAUCCGCGCAAGUACUUCGAUGCCGCCACACAGAGAGCCACAGCGGACCACACGCAGCAGCAGCAGCAGCAGCAGACGGGGCAGGCAGGCGCGUCCGAUGCGGCAGAUGCCAUGGAUCUGGACGAGCCUGCUGCUGGCACGCACGCCACGCUGGCAGCCUCCCUGGCUGCGUUUGGCAGCGAGCUGGCAGCGGCAGUGGGGCGGGGUGGAGGGAGCAGCAGAGAGCAGUCACGGAGGGGUGGGAGGGGCAAGGGAGGGGCGGCAGCGGCAGUGAUGGCGCCUGCUGCUGCUGCUCAGGAGGUGGUGGAGUUUGGCCGGCAGGUGGCGGUGGCCCGUCAGGGCAUAGGGGAGGCGGCCGAGCAGUCGCUGCUGAAGCAGCUGCCAGAGUCACUAAGAGCCGCGCUGCUCGCUCACGGCGAGGCGGUGAAGGAGCUGCUGUCGCACUUCUGGGCCACCUACCCCGUCACCAGCGCCGCCCUGCUCGCCAAGGCGGAGCGCCUCCGGGAUGGCGUCAGCAAGCUGUACGACCGCCUGCAGAAGCUCAAGGACGGGGCGGCCGGGGCGAACCGCCACCUGUUAUCGCAGCUGCUGCAGCCCUUCUUCCAGUCGCUUGACGCAGCAUUGGCGCAGUUUGAGGCGGACAAGGCGAGGCGGCAGCAGAGGAGGGGGCAGCGCAUGGGGGCAGCAGGGGGGCGGGCGCCCCUUGCAGUGGGGCAGAGAUAGCUUGGUGUGGGGGAGGCCGUGUGACGUGAGAGGGCAUGAGGAGGCUACAGGAGGCCCAUGUUUUGUGGGCCCUGGAACAGGCAGACAGGGGUACACCUCCCCUGUCUCCAUCCCAGUCAGCCAACACCUCGUGAUUCCUGUUGUAACUGUAAUCACUUGUACUCUGCAGUGGUUGCAAUCAGACCCUACUGUAAAACGUCGCGAGCAUGCUACCUCUUUAGGCAACCAACCAUUCCCACAGUUGAGCAUCCACUGAAGUGCACCCAGCUAUUACCCACAUAAAAGGAAACACACUGA